AUGGGCCAGUUUGCACAACAACUGGAAGAGGCUGCCAGGCUUUUCUCGAGGGCUGAGGGCGGUAUAAUAACUGGAGACAUACCCACUGACUAUGACGCUGAAAAUCCCUUUCGACUAUGGGUCAUCCAAGUCGUCAUCAUCAUCAUCAUAACCCAGCUACUGGCGCUGCCUUUGAGCAAGCUACGGCAGCCCAGAGUCAUCGCUGAAGUUAUCGCCGGUGUUCUGCUUGGACCUACAGUCAUGGGCCGGAUCCCAAAGUUCCAGGAGACCAUUUUCCCCGAAGUUGCCAUGCCCCUGCUCAACAUCACUGCUACCAUCGGCCUCAUCCUCUUCUUGUUCCUCGUAGGGCUGGAGAUCGACACCCGUAUGCUGAAGAGGAACGUCAAAGCUUCAUUCACCGUUUCCUUUGCCGGUUUGGCCAUUCCGUUGGGCCUCGGCGCUGCCCUGGGCGUUGGACUCUACCGGGAGUUUAUCGACCCUUCCGUCAAUCAAGGUCAUUUCCUCCUCUUCACGGCUGUUGCCAUUGGUAUCACCGCGUUCCCCGUCCUUUGUCGUAUCCUUUCCGAGCUCAAGCUCUUGGAUUCGAACGUUGGCGUCAUCGUUCUUUCCGCCGGUAUCGGUAACGACGUAAUUGGAUGGGUGCUGUUGGCGCUCACGGUUGCCCUCGUCAACGCCUCCACAGGUCUCUCGGCUCUUUACAUCCUUUUGGCAACGCUAGGCUAUACUCUCUUCCUGCUUUACCCCGUUCGCUGGGGCUUCGUCUGGCUUGCCAGGCGAACAGGAAGUUUGGAAGAGGGAGCGCCCACGACUUUUAUGAUGACCGUCACGCUCUUGAUUGUAUUUAUUUCGGCCUUUUUCACGGACAUUAUUGGUGUCCACGCUAUCUUCGGUGGAUUUAUUGCCGGGCUCAUUAUCCCACACGAGAACGGAUUCGCCAUCUCCCUCGUGGAGAAGAUCGAAGAUCUCGUGUCAAUCCUUCUCCUCCCCAUCUAUUUCACUUUAUCGGGUUUGAAGACCAAUCUCGGCUUGCUGAAUGAUGGAAUUGCUUGGGGAUACACCAUCCUAAUUUGCCUCGUUGCAUUCGCAUCCAAGUUCCUGGCGUGUGCUGGAUCUGCCCUCGUCUUCGGCUUUAAAUGGAGAGAAGCAGGUGCCAUAGGAUCGCUGAUGAGUUGCAAAGGUCUCGUCGAGCUUAUCGUGCUCAACAUCGGUUUACAAGCGAGGGUUCUGAAUGAAAAGACGUUCUCCAUGUUCGUCGUCCAUGCGCUGGUGUUGACCUUUAUCACGACGCCUUUGACGUUACUGUUCUAUCCGGAGCGGUACCGCAACGUUGCCGCCCAGAAGAAGGAUGCUCGAGACGGAGACGAAGACAAACACCUCCCGUACAAGCCGGCAGACUCCGAAAUGAAGACGAAAUUCUCCCUCGUGUUGGAGAAGGUCGAGCAGCUCCCAGCGGCUAUGACCCUGGCACAACUUCUACAGUGGAACGACUCCUUGGUCACUUCCGGGACCAAGACACCGGCUCCGAUUCAACCAAAGGAUCUCAAAGAAGCACCGACGUUAGAGAUCAAGGAGGUGUCUGCCGACAGUUCUGUGAUGACCCACGAAAAGGACUCUUCAGCUUCAGGCACGGAGGUCCCACCCAUCUCAACUCAGACGACAAUCUCGAUCGAGGCGCUCCGUCUUAUCGAACUCACGUACCGCACGUCUGCUGUUCUCAAGUCCCAAGAAGCCGAGACCCUGAUCUACAACGACCCAGUCCUUUCGAUUUUCCGGUCAUUCGGUUACCUCAACAACCUUUCAGUGUCCGCCCACGUUUCGAUUGUCAACCAGGACGAGUUCAGCAAUACCGUUGCCCAACAUGCCCUCGAAGCGGAGUCGGAGUUGGUAAUCAUCCCUUGGUCGCGAGGCACCACCUCCGUGCUGUUGGAGUCCGAUGUCCAAAGUCACAGUCAGCAAGCCCGUAACCCAUUCGACGGCGUUUUCCACCGGACCACGACACAAGACCAAACAAGUUCCGUUGUCUAUUCCGAGUUCAUUCGAAGCGUGUUCUUGCGGUGUCCCUCCGAUGUCGCCCUGUUUGUGGACAGAGGUGCCACGACGUCGCCUGUAUCUGGCGCCCAGCACCUCUUCCUCCCGUUCUUUGGUGGACCGGAUGAUCGACUGGCUCUCUCCUUCCUCGUCCAGCUCUGUGCAAGGUCGUUUGUCACUGCGACUGUGGUGAGGAUGACCAGGUCUGAAGACGCUGCCCUUUCGAACACGAAAGAAGGGCCAUUGUCGCCGUUGAGCCCACCCAAUUCGCCUCAUCCUCAUGUGACCGUGGCUGCGGCAGACACCGUGUACGGCGCUCACAACACCCAGACCCGCCUCGCGUCCGACACCGCAGAUAACAUCCUCUGGGAUCGUUACACCAACCCGUCCAACACCCAUUCUCCCGUCAUCACCUCAGCGCUCAGCCGUAUAACCUUCUCUGAGCAAACCUCCGCCACUCCGCUCCACACCGUCACAGAGCUUGUGAAAGCAGAGGUGACCCGGGCGGAAGCCACGCUGGGACGGACGGUGAUCGUGUUCGCCGGGCGGUCAAGGAGGAUGGCGGUGGAACCUUUGGGGCGGGAGCUUCGGCAGUUGAUCAGCGAGACGGGAUCCCAUAUUGGAAGCUCGGUCCCCAAAACGCUGGGUGAUGUUGGUGCGGCGCUUGUCGUCACCAAGGCUAAUGCGAGCUUGUUGAUCCUGCAGGCGUCUGCCAAGUCUGCAGAGUUGUAG